AUGACGCUACAAACCGGCGACCGAACUUGUUUGAGACACGACACAAUUCUCGAAACUCAAAUUCAGGAUAUCAUACUAGGCCCCCCCAAGACCUCCUUUGCGUCGGCUUCACGCUUCUUUGGGAAGGGAUCGGUCGACUCCCCCGAGCGGUCCUCACGGUUCAAUGAUUCGGACGAUACCAAGAGUGAUCGUUACAACAUUCGAGAAAAGUUCUUCAAGGAUCGAGAAGCGGGGGACAAGGAAUUUGACAGACGCGAUAACAGAUUUGGAGGAGCAAACGGCCGUCGAGGCGACCGAGAUGACUGGAACCAUGGGCGACCGCGUCGCAACUUUGGCCAGGAUGAACAGGACCGAAGACCAAGACGUAAUGGAGAACCAGACCGGUGGGAUGUUAAAGACAGAGAUCGUGAUCAACAACACGACUCUGGCUAUGACAAAGGUGUCAGAGAUAAGGACAGUCGUUAUUCGAGACGGGAUGCUCAGGGAAGAGCUAGAUACGAACAGAGUUGGUUCCGGGAUGAAGGCGCUUCGGAUGCUGCAGAGAAUAAUGAAGAAGAGAAACCAUCGAUACGGAACAGAGAGUGGCGCCGCGACCGACAAGCUCCUGAUCGUGAUUGGAACCGGGGGGCGAGGUUUGAACAGGAGCCUGAAUGGAUGGAUUCCAUGGAACGAGAUGACACGAAGCAGGCUCACACCCAGGAAGAAUUCCAACGGUGGAAGGAGAGUAUGAAAGCCAGACCACAAACAGAGGAGAAGAAAGAAACUGUACCCGAACAGGCAACUCCAACUGCGCAGAAGGCGGAGGCGAAACAUCUCGACGGGGAGUUGUUCCACAGCACCGCUUUGCAGAUGGAUUCCGGCCUGGAUAAGUUUUUUGGAUUGCUGGGAGAGACCAAACCGUCUCAAGACGCGGCGACUCCUGGCUCUACUGAUUCGAACAAAAGAGAUUCCGCUUCUAUCACUAAGCCUGGGAAGUCAUCUCGCUUCGCGGGCUUCUUCAGCCCUCCUCCGGAUAGUACGAACAAGGAGGCUGAAAGCAAAGCUCAACCUGAUCGUUCAACCGCGACUGAUGCUGAUCAGGAAGGCUUCCAGCGCAUCCUGCAGAUGCUUGAAAAUAGCAAAUCACGCAACACGACUCCUCAUGUGGACAGUUCUCAGCAGCCUCGCCCACCACCCUUGGCACAACCUGAACCGACCCGACCGGCAGCAUUCUCGUCCCCAACCAGGCAGCAUGAGUACAUGUCAGGUCAGGAUGGUGCAGCAGGCGUGAACUCCCCGCGAGACGCGCAAGCUCAGCUUCGAGACCGAGAAAACCUUCUUCGUCUCAUGCAACAAGUCAAGAUAUCUCCUGGGCCUAAUCAGCAGCAACAGCAGCAACAGUAUGGAACCACGCAGCCGCAGAGUACGGCAGGGCACACACCUGGUAUUCUGAAUGUGCCGGAUCUGCUCCAACGGUCCCAGGGGAUUCAAAAGGCGCCAACAAAGAAUCCGAACUUCUUGGAUGAUCCUGCAAUCGCGAAUAUGCAGAGACCGGAUGCCGAGCUCAACGAGCAAAUGAGACGAUCCGCCGCCGCCAACGGGCCUCCGAUGGGAUACUUUGAUGAAAUGGGAUUCCCAGGUGGACAGGCAGGCGGAAGAGGUCCUCAGGGCCAUGGACAACCACCGAUGGGACUUCAACGACCUCCGGGUUUCGACCAGAUGCCACCACCGCCAGGAUGGGGAGCGCAACAGUUGCAGCCACAGCAAGGUGGAGGAGGACCAAGCCCGUUGGCACCGCCACCAGGGAUUCCAACGCCGUCACGGGGGAUGAAUCCCAACUUUGUGUCUGGGCCGAUGCCAAUGCACGGAGGAAACAUGGGACCGGUGAGUGAGCGGCCGCCGUUCCCGCGCGGCAUGAGUGGUAACAACUCGGGUGGGAACUUUGGAGCUCCGCCGGGGAUGAUGCCUCCGCCAGGAUACAUGAACAUGAGCGGACCUCCUAUGUCGGGGUAUCCGCCAAUGCCGCAUAAUCCCGAGGCGAUGAUGAAUUUCCCGCAUGGUGGACAAGGCAAUUUUGGGGGAGGUGGUAACUCAGGCCCAUCGGGAGCACCGCCGUCAUCCAGACAUCUGCUGGAGAUGUUUGCGCAAGCCAACGGGGGUGAUGGCAGAGGCGGAAUGCCAGGCCCAGGGCCGUACCGUUGA